AUGUCUACAGCUGUUCUCAAACCUUCAAAUAUCUUUUCAGCUGAACAUCACGUCGCGAGUUUAAAUUACCCUCUCAAUAAUAAAAUGCAACAAUUAAAUAUGGCACCUGUUAUUCAACCUUCUUCAAUACCCACUGUUCGUCAAUCUACAAUCAAUAAUUGUAUUGAACCUGAAGUCGAUUGUACUGACGAUUCUUUACAUGAGGAUGAAUCUCAAUUGACUCCGGAUUCUCCAAAGAGCGGCAUAUUGCCUCAUUUCGAAUACGUAUCUUACGAUAGAGUUCAAGAUCUUUAUGAACAACGAAAGGGUCAUUUCUACUUCAUUCCUGAUGGAUUUGAACCUGUUCUUGUUCCAAAUGACUCCAAAGCUUCCGCUGUAACCAAUUUAUUGGAAAAUUCCAAACCCGUCUCCUCUGCGCCUAACGUUUCAAGAAUGCUCCCUGAUUCUGAUGUACGUCUCCCUUCAUUUGCACUCCCCUGUGGGGUAGCUGGCUCAAAGACAGAAAGAUCUGCAAAUGGCAAAAAUAGUAAAAUCAAAAAACCUCCAAGACCACCAAACGCCUUUAUUCUUUAUCGUCGAGCAAAACAACCUCAGAUUGUUGCUCAACAUCAAGGCAUCUCAAACAAUGAUGUAUCUAAAGAAAUUGGUAGAAUGUGGCAUGAAGAACCUUUAGAAAUAUAG